UAAAAUAACUUGCAUUGUGUUGUAAAAUCUGGCGAUCGGACGGGAGGUGGGCGUGUAGAGUUAGGUAUAAAUUCCACAUGCGAGCUUCCCAGGUGUACAGGAACACGAGCAUUCCAGUUUCACAUGCAUUUUCACUUACAGGUGAUUGCAGAUUCAUAGAGAGGACAUGACCAUCCUUAGCAACAUCGCAAUUGUCCUGGUUCUUGCCUGCAUCGCUCAGCUCGUACUUGUUGCGGACUGUAAAGGUUCGGGUAGAAAAGGAAAGAAGGCCGAGCGAGGGACUGGCAGUGGGAACAAAGGAGGUGUGCCAAAGCCGCCUCCGAAACAGCCUGCUAACCGUCACGAGAAAGGACAGAAGACCCCAUCUGUAAAGGGGGUAUUCAAGGGCAGAUUUUUAAGCAGAGACAAAACUCAAUGCACCUGGGUAGCGACCGGCGAGGACGCGUUCACCCUUGAUGUGAACUGCAAGAAAGGAGGGGACACUUUCGGUUGUGAGUACAAAGCAAGACCCUCAGCUUGCCCUGACUAUGCGUCCGGCGUCAGAACCUACUGGAAACAGAUUGCCCGUGCUUUGAAGAAACAGAAGGUUCUGUGCAAGGACCCCGCGGCGCUUGUGAAAGCUGGCAUGUGCAAACGUGCCCCAAAGGACGCCCAUUUCAAACUUAACGAUAGACCAAGAAAGCCAGCAGAAAGUUCUACGGACUCAACUACCUCAUCGGGUAAAUCGUGCGCUGAGAGUCAGCAGCAGCGGGCAAAAGAAUACUGCAGCACCUCGUGGUCAAGUGUGUGUAAUUUGCUUUUCUCAAUGAUUGAGGGCGGUGAGGAUUGUUGAGCAAACGAUUAUCCAUGCUUUCCUGUUAUUGCCAAUGUUCAAUGUCUUCCGAGUUCAAUCUUGUUUUAAUCCGAACAAAUAUAAAAAUGUAAAGAGGAGAUAUGUAUGAAUCUGUAUGCAAAGCAGAGGUCUUCCGCUGUGUGACGAUCGUAUAAGCAGAGGUGUUCCGCUGUGUACUCUUGUAGUCGCUUUAUCUGUCCUUUAUUUAUAAGUUGUGAUAACACAAUAAAUAUUUUUAUUUA